AGAGACGGAACGUUACAAAACAUCUCGGCGACCUCCAAGUUGACUAUAUAUACUAGCCCAACGCCGCAGACACCACCAAAGGUAUCUGUACAUUUUUAACUUCACCACCAACACUCCAACAAACAAACACCAAAAUGUACAAGAUCGCUCUUGCCCUCUUCGCCCUCGUCGCCGCCGCCUCCGCCGGCUACGUAGCCCCCUACAGCUACCCAGCCUACCCAGCGGCCCCAGCUUACGGGUAUGCAGCACCCUACAGCUACGCCCACGCCCCCGUGGCCGCCCCAGUCGUCUACAAGGCCCCCGUCGUCGCCCACGCUCCCGUCGUAGCCCACGCCCCAGUCGCUGUUGCCCACGCUCCAGUCGCCACCUCAUACGCCAACACCUACAAGGUCUCAGUUAAGGCCCCAGUCGCCUACGCUGCCCCCGCCUACGGCUACGCCGCCCCCGCCUACCACGCCCCCGCCUACGCUCCAGUAGUCAAGACCUACGCCGCCCCCGCCUACGCCCCAUACGCCGCCGCCCCCGUGUACGCUCACGGAUACUCCAGCUACUACCACUAAGCUAGUCGCCUGAGAGCCACCAACACUGCCAUCAACCACUCCCCUCAACUUCUUUUCCUUGAAAAUCUCACUUUUUAAAUUAAUUUAAUUUAUUCUCAGCCAUUAGUGUAAAUAAUUUGCUCAAGUUUCACAAUGAAAACCAAGUCAUGUAAAGUAUCAUGUUUUAUUAACAUGUGAAGAAUAAAACAACCUGCCAUCGAA